GAGGACAGCAGGAGGGAGAGAAGCACUUGACUUUGCUUUCCGUUGCUGUCUGCGGCUGACACUGUGACAAAUGACUGCUUUCAGAGAAAAUUAGCUGAAUUCCGGUGAGAUGUGCGCACAUAGAUGAAGCUGUAAUAAAGGGAGAAGAAUUUGCACACAAAGAGGCUGAAAGAGGCCGUUAAAUGAUGUUUUUACCCUUUAAUCAUGGCCGGGUAAAGCCUUUUCGCUAUGGCAAGACAUGACACCCCAAAUCCAUCUGUGACUGCCACUUGAACAUUUGUCAUUUUUAUUAAGCUUUUCCAGACUAAAUAUGGCAAACUGUGGCAGUGUUACUCUUCCAGCAUAAGACGUUCUGCCAAGCAACCCUGGCCACAUGAUCACUGGAGUGCUGGCAAGAGCCACUGCACCUACAAAUUAACUGGAAGAGCAGUUUAUGCAGCUGUAAAAGCUUUUAUCCUCUGCGCUGGGAGGAGCGGAAGACGGCAGAGGGUUGGAGCUGAAGUAAUUAAAGAACAGAUGUGGCAUGAGUGUCAUCAAUUUGCAAGACACUUCACAUCUUAAUGCAACCAGCAGAUUACAAUGUUUCCAGCAGAGAACAUGAGUGUUUAUUCUGCAGCAGGUCUUUGUCCAAACUGCAGCUCCUCCGCCCACCCAGAGGUGGAUGUAGCCAAGGCAGUCAUCCUGGGGAUGGUGCUGGUGGUCUUUGUAGUGUUUGGGGUCCUCGGAAACAUCUUGGUCAUCCUGUCUGUGCUGUUCCACCACCACUGGCGCUCUGUGACACAUUACUUCAUUGCCAACCUGGCAGCAGCAGACCUGCUGCUCAGCUCUGCUGUCCUGCCCUUCUCCGCCACCUCAGAGGCUCUAGGCAGGUGGGUGUUUGGCCGGUCCUUCUGCAGCGUGUGGGCUGCCCUGGAUGUCCUCUGCUGCACCGCCUCUAUCCUCAGCCUGUGCGUGAUUUCUAUUGACCGCUACCUGGCUGUCAGCUACCCCUUGCGUUACCCCGCUAUAGCUACCGGACGGCGAGGCCUGACCGCGGUGGCUGCUCUCUGGGGACUCUCAGCAGCUAUAUCUGUUGGCCCUCUGUUCGGCUGGAAAGAGCCCGACCCAGAGGACGAGACAGUGUGCCGAAUUACAGAGGAGCCUGGCUACGCCUUGUUCUCAGCCUUAGGAUCUUUCUAUAUACCACUGGUCAUCAUCCUGGCCAUGUACUGUCGUGUAUAUACUGUGGCGAAGAGAGAGACCAAAACCCUGAGGAAAGGGAGGAAGGGAAAAGGGGUAGAGAUGGAGGGGGUGAUGCUGAGGAUACACAGAGGGAACGCUGCUCAGACGGGGAAGCAGGAGGGUGACGAGGGGACCGCAAUGCAUAAACGCUCCUCCUUUUCCCUGCCAAGGCUGCUGAAGUUCUCAAGAGAAGAAAAAGCAGCCAAGACUCUUGGCAUUGUCGUUGGAUGCUUCAUUAUGUGCUGGCUGCCUUUUUUCCUGGUUUUGCCCAUCGGAUCCAUCUUCCCAUCCUCCAGGAGUUCAAGAAAGCCUUCCACAGCGUGCUUCGUGGCCAGUGCCUGAGAACUGCUGUGCCGACUACUUCUCAAACCCAAGGACACAUCACCACCCACUCCUCCGAUCCAGGCCCAGUGCAAGAACCUGUCGCCCUUUCUUCAUGGACUUGCUGUAGAGUGCUCUCGACCUCAUCCUCAU